AUGCCUACUAGAUCACCUGAAUCACCUGAAUCACCCGAACGUUACAAAGACCGCAGGUUCUUACUAGAGCUGGAGCUUGCUAUUGAUGAGCUUGAAGAGCGCAAGACGCACAAAAUUGACGUGGCAAAACUCAAGGGAUUUGGUAUUGAUCAACAGCGCAUGACCCUUGAUAGAGAAGAUUCAGCCCACAAGCCUUCCUUCUUCGUGCCAUAUCCUAGCAUCCCGGAGCCCAGUGAUAGCACCGUUGAUGAUGUCCGCUCGAUUUUAGAAUUUGAGGACAUCUGUUUUACGGAACCUGUCGAUCGGGCACGUCAGCUUGCAGGCCCCUGGUCGUCCUAUGUUCCCUACGGGAUGCAUGCCCCAUGGACCUCGAAAGAUAAUGACGAUUACACUCCUUACAAGGAUUUGUAUCAAGUUGACGAGCCAGAAUUUGGGCCUUUUAGGAUGACGGAUAUUCGUGGAAAGGCCUUCCCGCACGCCAAGGCAUUCAUGUACAACAACCUAGGCGCUACGGAUGAGACGAUUCUUCGUGGGGAGCUCUUGACUAUUCUCCGCCUGAUGCUUGAGCUAUUCUUCAGUCCCAAUUUCCACCAGUCACUUACUGGAGCGGGUCAAAUUGUCCUCAAACCACCCAAUGAUCGAACUCUGCGAUUCCGAGAAGAUGGAACAUUUCACAUUGGAGUCUUUGAGGACUUGCAUUUCGCCGAGGAUGAGGAAAAAGACGAAAAAUCCAAAGAAGUGAUGUCAUAUAUCCUCUCGGAGGAGGACAUUGACUUCGUAGUCAUAAAUGGCGACUUGGUGUCCGGCGAAAGAACCCAAAAAGCCGACUCGAGCAAAUAUAUCGAUUCGGUUGUUUCCCCACUCGUCGAUCAGGGGUACAGGUGGGCCUCCACCUACGGCAACCACGACAGCGCGGUUAAUCUCAACCCAAAAGAUGACAUGUUGAAGGCCGAACACAAAUACCCCAACAGCUUGACGCAGAGUAGAGUAUCCGGCCACAAGGCUGGAAUAACGAAUUAUUACCUGCCGGUCUUUUCACAUGGACAGGCGAAUACUAGUACACCGACGUUACUACUGUGGUUCUUCGAUUCGAAGGGUGGACAUUAUUAUAAAAAGCAAGGAGAAGACGGGCCUCCUGUUAAGAGACCCAAUUGGAUUGAUGAAUCGGUCGUUGACUGGUUCACCGAAACCAGUUCCAAACUGAAAAAGGAGUAUGGCAAAGUCAUCCCAUCGCUAGCAUUCUACCACAUACCCGCCCAUGCGGUGCUCGAAUACCAACAAACAAAAGGUGUAAAUCCACAUCUGACGCCCGGCGUAAAUCGCGAACGGGCUAACCCGCAAGGGACUGGCCUAUGGAGAUACGACGGCCAGGACGUCAAGUUUAUGAACGCGCUCCUUCAUACCGAGGGCUUAAUCGCAGGUUUUAGCGGCCAUGAUCACCAAAAUGACUGGUGCUUUAAAUGGGACGGCUCUCUUGUCGAUCACGAUCUAACCGGGAACGGUAUCAAUAUGUGCUACGGUCGGCAUACUGGAUAUGGCGGCUACGGUAAUUUGGUCCGCGGAGGACGGCAGAUCUUACUCCACGAGGACAAUCUUGCAAACGACACUGAGACGUGGAUUCGAUUGGAAGAUGGGUCGGCCCAGGCUCGUGUGACGUUAAACGCAACUUAUGGUCAGGAUACUUACCUUGCUGUUGCUAAUGGUGGCGGGAAGCACGAUUCCUAUGCGCAGGGCUCUUUGCUUUCUUUGACUUGGUUAUGGGUUCCCAUUAUGAUGCUCUCGCGGUGGAGGAUUUAA